AUGGCAGCCUUCAUAAGAACAUGCGGACGCGAAUUGACUUUGCUAUCGAGAACUAAAACAUCGCACUCUUUGGUAGUUAACAAACAAUGUAGAACAUAUGCCAGAGGUUUUAGAAGGACCCCAAUCCGUGUGCUAACUGCUGACGAAGAAAAACGUGAAUUUAUUGAGAAGAAAGUGACAUUUCGAGAUAGAAUUGAUGACUUUGAUAAACAUGAUCCAGUACUAAGUAACCUGACGCAAUCGAAAGACUUCAAUCGUUUGGCGUCUAUUCCAAGGAUAAAUAAAGCUGCAGUAGAAAAGAGCAUGUCAGAAGGUUUCAAUAAUAUCCCAAGAUCCGGCGGAUUUACUUCAAAAACGGAUGCAAAAAAUCACCCCAAACAGAAUAGCUUUACAAACAAAACGAAAUCCCAACACGAAGGUCGAGUAAAGGGGAAAAAGGAAACACAGACAAAACUGAACAAACAAACUCAGCAGUCAUAUGAAAAAAGUUUCCCGAAAGCACGGGAUCCAGUUGUGGAGCGUGUACAAAACUUUUCUGGUGUGAAAUACACAGUUCUUGAUUCAAAGGACAAAAAAGUUGGUGUACUGAUGAGGGCUGCCAGAUCAAAGAAGCUUCGUGAAAAUGACAGAACUAUUCUACUUGAAGGGAGCAGAUUGAUAACAGAUGCUUUUAAAGCAGGUGGAAGGCCAAAAUCUGUUUAUUUCAAAGAUUUUAAUGCAUUACAGCAAUUGCCAAAAGAAUAUCUGGAACAAGUUCCAGUGUACAAAUGUGAUGAAAGGCAAAUGAACAGUUGGUCGGACAUGACAUCUACUUCUGAUAUUAUGGCAUUGUUUCACAUGCCUGAGGAUGGUGAGACAUUUAUACAACCGAGAACCACAAUUCCAUUAAGUAUAAUUCUGGACCAGAUACGAGACCCUGGAAACAUGGGCACCCUUCUUCGAACAGCAGCUGCUGUGGGAUGUGAGAAAGUCAUUGUCAUGCAAGAAUGUGUUGAUCUUUGGGAACCCAAAGUGUUGAGGGCUGGAACAGGCUGUCAUUUUCGAGUACCUAUCUACCACAACAUCACCUGGAACUAUGUGGAGAACUACAUACCUGUAGGAGCCCGCAUUUACCUGACAGACAAACGACGCCCGACAAAUAAACGAAUAGAAAACUAUACUGACCCGGAGGACCAUGACAAUGUUGCUGAUUCACUCGGAAAAGAAGAAAAUGAUUAUGAAGAUGACCCAGAAUCAGAUCUAGUUUCAAACACAAGUUUUGAAAACCCAGAUUUAGUGAAGCAAUACAGACAUGCACCACUGCCAGUGAGUUAUUUCUCAGAUUUAGACUACACCAGAAACAAUCACACUGUGCUGGUGAUAAGUGGCAAGAGUCCUAGUGUCGGUCUGGAGGCUCAAAAAUUAACUUAUGACAUGUACGGACAAUGUAUUAUGAUACCUAUGACUAAUGGUGUUGAAAGCUUGAAUGCAGCUGUGGCUGGAAGUGUGAUGAUGUUUGAGAUCUACAAACAACUGCAUAAACAGAACAUUUCAGAUCAGACAGGUGUACCAGCAAGUGAAGGUGGUGUAGAGAUGGAGUCUUAACAGUACGAUGUUUAAGUGUGUGUAGAUAAUCACAGCUGGAGGCUGACCAACAGGUGUGUAAGUGAGUUGAGAGAUGGAGGCUGAACCAACAGGUGUGUAAAUCAGUGGAUAUUUGGAGGCUGAACCAACAGGUGUGUAAAUCACUGGAGGUGAACCAAGAGUGUUAGUGAAUGUAGAAUGAAGAAUUUAGGUGUUUGGAUGAAAUUCUUUAAAAAAUUUACAUAUGAAAUAAACUUGAGUCUGCUUUUUGUGUGCACACAAUUUUACAUUGACAUUUGUAUAACAAAUAUUGGGACUCUUUGUGAAGAACAUUGAUAAUUUCAUUAUGUUUGAUUACUCAUUCUUAUGGUUUACUCAUUGUAGUUUAUGUGUGUUCAGAAUCUAAAUAGCCUCAAAACAAAAGAAUUAACCAAUUGUACACAAUGCGAUGUAAAUGGUUGAAAAAAAAAAAUAUCAGAGUGUAUAAAUUCUGUAAUUUAAUUUGUUUGUAUAA